AUGGCGAAGUCACCCCUCGACCGUCAAAUUCAGUUUCGCUUCAAGGGGGCCUUGGUAUCAGCAUGGGGCCAUAACUUUGACCACAUCCACGACAAUGUACUAGGCCUUCGAAUUGCUCGCACUGCUUUCCAGGAGUAUAUCUCUAACGCUCUUAAUCGGCUGCCGCAAUUCCUCAAAAGAAUCGCCAAGUUCCUUAUGCCAGCGUAUUUCUUACCAGCCCGUGUCGUAAUGAAGACGCUGAAACCCGGCUGGCAGGAGGAAUUCGAUAAUGAAACGGCCAUGUACGAGAGGCUCAGGCCGCUUCAGGGCCAUAGAAUACCGGAAUUUCUGGGCCACGCCACACAUGAGGGGUCACCGGCCAUUCUAUUGUCUCAUAUCGAAGGGGUACCGUCGUACAAGCAGGAUCCAAGUUGCCCGAUGGCCGCAGAGCAAUUCGAGAAGCUGGUCGAGGAGGCACUGUGGGAGUUGACCAAGUAUGGGGUUGCAUAUGGCGAUACCAAGUUGGAUAAUUUCCUCAUAUCAGAUGGCAAGGUAAAAAUCGUCGACUUGGAGGUUGUGUUUGAGGUUGAGCCGCCAGAUUAUGAGCUCGCGGUUACGUCUCACCUCGACCAUCUACUUGGGCAAUAUCGAUUGUAUCUGAAUGGUUGCUUUGCGGACUUUGGUCCGUCGUGA